AUGUUGGAUGGACACAAUAAACCUCAAUCUGUGACGCCGAAUUCAGGUCGACGCAAGAGAAGUCGUAAAGCUACAGGUGAUGCAAUAGUUGAUGCUAUGCUUGAAAUAGCAGCUGCUUCAAAGAUGAGGGCAGCUGCAAUCAUGAGGAAUGAGGAGCGUUUUACUAUAAGCAAAUGCAUAAGACUAUUGGACGAGAUGCAAGGUGUUGAUCAAAGUCUCUAUUUUUAUGCUUUGGAUUUAUUUGAGAAUCCGACAUCAAGAGAAACUUUUGUAGCUCUUAAGGUUGAGAGACGAUUAGCGUGGUUGCAGGGAAAGUUUAGAGCUUCCUCAAAUUCAUCAGCCGUUAUGGAUGACUUUGACAUUGAAUUGGAUGAGAUGGAAUUAGUUCUGGAUUCUUGUUUGAAGUACUCAAUGGCCAUGAUGAUUUGUGUCAAGAAUGUUCAGGAUGGACAAGCACGUGUUUCGCGAGUUGAGUGA